AUGUCUGAGUCGCUGCUCGGAGUCAUUCUGGCAACCUCGUCUUCGCGCGGUCACCACAUCGUCUUUCGCUGGCCUAACAAUCCAAAGCUCUUCAAACGCUACUCCAAGGUCAAAUAUUAUACCGAAUCACGUCCUUCUCACUCAAAUCGAGCACACCUCGAAGAUGAGCUCGACCCUGUGCGCCAGAAAGCAAGAUGGGACCAUCACGACGAAGACCAAGACGAAAACGGCAACAUCGACUCGGACGAUGCCGGUCAGAGUGAUACGCCUUCUUCUUCCGAUGUCGACGAGUCGGAUGGCAGCAUGCCUGAUGACGAUGAUAAUCGCUCUGCUCGAGAUCGUGCAGAAACAGUAGCCUCCCAUGACCGAUCCAAAACAGGCGCAGCUAGAUCUGCGAGUCGCUCAAAGAGCAAGUCACGACGACCUUUGCUGAGCAUGGAAGAAGCUUCUCCCAGCGUCAGGUCGACGGAUCGACAGACUGGAGCACUGAAAGAGGCCCCCGACGCCAACGACAGAGCUCCCGAUUCGGAAGCAGGCACCUCGAAGGAGCUUUCUCCAGAAGAGAAGGCCAGACGAGAAGAGAAGGCUGCCAGAGCCUACAAGACCUACCUCGGGUACGACAUUGAUAUCCUUGCCAGCAUCCUUAACCCUCGACCCGAGCUAUCGCACAAGAAGUUCGAGCUUGUCAUUGACGACCUUGCUUUUCUUGGCCAUCCCGUAACGCCAAACAAGAACGGGGUUUGGGGCGACCAAGAUGAUGAAAGCCAAGACGACCGAGUCGAGGCUCGUGAUGAGAAAACAGCAGCUCACGCACAGCAACGAGGCCGAUCGGGACUUCGUAAGGAGAUUCGACCCUACGAUCCGUCAGAUGAUAGAGUUGCAUCAAACGACAAGAUCGACAAAUCUGCCAAAACCGGCGCAAAAUCCAGAAAUGCAUCCCUGACGCGCAUCGAGCAGACCAAUGACAUUCCCACCUCACGCUCCAAAGCUCCCUUGACCCAGUUCCACCUUGUUCUGAUACUUGACCGACCGGAUCCAUCUACAGCCGUGCCAGGCGUCGACCUUUCUUCGUGGUUGCAGCUCUUUUACGACAACAUCGUCUUCAAGAUGACUGCUGCGCUCUUCGCCGAACAGUCCAAGUCGGAUUACGUGGGUCGCGAGACGGAAAAGCUGCUAGCUCUCAGAGAACGAUGCAUGGACGAUGGGCAGGCUUAUGCGGCGUACGCUGCACAGUGUUUGGGCAUCUCUUCGCUUGCGAGGUGUAUUCGCGAUCUUCACAAAAGCAUCAGCAUCUCGUCUGAUGCCUUUCUCACCAUCAACGACCGCAUCGAAGUCCAUCUGCAGCUCCCCCCCAUCCUUCAAGACCCUUCGAGCCUAGCCAAGACGGUCGACAUCGAGACGGAGCUCGACCCGAAUGAUCCCAUCUUUCUGAGCGGCGGUGGCUUCGAAGGGCUUGGCAAAGAAGGCGCGCACCAAGAUGGAAGCGGCGGUACGUACAAACGGCGCAUGGCAAUGACGCCGGCUCAGCUCAGCUUUGAAGAGUGGUGCCGCACCACAGGUCCAUAUCUUUUGCCAUGGAAGACGCUGCUGCUCUUGCACGACCAGGUCGAUGAAGCACCGAAUCGCGAGCGAGCAAAGUCAGACACUUGCAGUCCAGCAGGGCUCGCCUCGCCUGGCGAAGGCGCGUCGCAAGCUCUGGAAGCACACGGUUUCGAUCAACUGGCGCGCAAGUUCACAUCAUUCUUCACACCGAGCCUGUACAACACGCCCAACUUUAGCCAAGUGGCAGACAUGCUCGGAUGGGAUCUUUACGACGAUGUCUACCCCAUGGUGCGACACUUGAUCUACUAUCGACAGGCUCGAGUGAUCGAUGUGCCACGUCCAGGUCACGUCUAUGCCAUCUCGCCGCUCUUUGACUUUGCGCGCCUGGGCUCACUGUCGUACAACUGGGCUCAGACGUUUCCCGACGUGGCGCCUCUGCCGGUAUUCCUGUCUCAGCUGUCGUCAUCUACCUCGCGCACCCUCAGCAACCUUUUCCCAGCGAGACACCAGAGAGAGCUUGCACUUGAAGUGCUUAUCUGGCUACUGCGCCACGAAGUGGUCGUCAAGAUGCACAUCCGCCUUCGGCUCAUUGCGACGGAAAGCGUCAAGCGUCGCACAGCAGAGAGAAGGGUGGAGAGACACGAGAGACAUCGAGCUAGAAAGGAGAAGAAGAGGCAGAGGGCUGCUGAGUUGGAGGCGAGGCGCAUGCGAAAGUCGCAGUCGGAGGAGCAGCAGAGACGAAGGGCUGCAGAGCAGGCAGAGCAAGCAAAGCAGGCAGACGAACAACAAGCGCAGGGGCACCAACGUCUGACAGAAGAGAGGGGAAGAAGCAGGGAUCGAGAGCGAUCCUCGUCCGGUGAGGCACGGCAACUCGGUUCCUCAGAACGAAAGGAGCAAGACGAUGACGCCGCUGGUCGCGUUGAUGCCGCCGAAGGUGACGUGCAGACGUCUGGCCUCAGUGUCUCACGCCCGCCGAUUUUGGCUGAUCCAGACAGCGUGGCUCAAGCAAGUGCAAUCGCCGCUGCUGCUGUAGGCUCUGGUGGAGAGGUUCGCCGAUCUGGAGAUCACGAACAUGAGCGUCAGCAUCAUCAUCAUCACCACCACCAGCACGCGCCCCAGCAUCGGCACCAUCAUCGUCGGCACCAGAACACAAGUGAUCCCAUCACCGGCACAGACUCAACGGCUGCACCGUCGGACAAGGCGCCCAUUCCAAUCGCACCGCGUUCGCAGUUCGACGAGCUCAAAUUCGAGCGGCGGCCCGUCCUCCGCUCUCGUUCGCCGUCCACUGCGAUGGCUGCAGGAGCCAGCGCGGGACUCUCGGUGAGCUUCAGCAACCUCAGCGAGCGCGGCGAAAUCACACGUCGAGCGCGAGCUGACACAACAGGCUCGUCGAGCUCCGGCGGAGGUCUGAGACACAGCCGAACUCGUGGUGACGCGAUCAGCAUGACACCCACCACAUCUCAACACAGUCGCCCGUCCACGCCGAAUGUGGUGGGGCGUAUCAUUCCUUCGCACGUGAGAGACCGAUCGAUUGGUGGCGGUGGCUCGAAUGUGUCAUCGAGUGCAGAGGGCGGAAGUGUACCGCGCCGAGCAAGGAGGACAACCAGCUCGGCUGGGUGGGGAGGUCGUACGGGCAUCCCGAGGUCGAGGUCGCCUUCAAGAGCAAGGAUGAGAGUCAAAGGUUUUGGUGCUGAUGCUGAAGUCGAGAUUGACGAUGACGACGACGACGGCGACGAGAGAGAAGAGGAGGUCGAGGAGGUGAUGGCGAUGGAUGAAGAUGUCGAGCCACAAGAUUGCGGAGCGAACGAGCUUGCAUCUGAAUUGGACUUGCUGUGUCUCGAUAAGGGGGGUAAGAGCGAGCGGAAGAAACGACGAAUUUCGUCAGCGAGUGAAAGACCUGAACUUCCGCCGCCGAGCGAGAGCCACGGGAGCGAGGGUGGAAACAAGUCGCGAUCCGAGGGUGUGUUGUCUUCUUCGUGUUCGACGUCGUCGUCAGGAGUCACGACGCUGUCCGAACUGUCGCUCUCCUCGGACCUCGAUUCGGAAGCUGUGGACUCGAAUUUGGAUAGCAACGUCCACGAAUCGCAGUACGGCCAGACGCAUCGUCCAUCACCGCUCUCUUCGACGUCGAUCUCACCCACAUCGCCCACACACACGCAUCGGUUUGGAAACCACUCGCGAAUCUCGACACACUCGCGCGCCACGCACGCACACACACCUCGCGGCUCCGCGUACUCAGACAGCCUGAUCGUCGAACCCGCACGUGCAUCGCGGCGCGAAAACGAAUACAUCGCCACCAUGGUCGAGAACAAAGACGCCACAACCACCAAACUCUUCUUCCGCCUCCUCCCGUACCUCAACGGCAAACACACCAUCGACGAAAUCGAAUACCGCGUCCUCAUGCGCAGAAGACAUAUCAGAAGACUCUUGAAGACCUUCAGAGAGUCGAUUAUCACUUUUAUGCAUCCUUGA